CGAACUAUGGAUGAAACCAUGGUUUGGCUGUUUUUCUGUUCUUAAGUGUGGGGGUGUGAUUAACAUUUUCCUUGGCUGUUUUGGUUCCACUUUGGGCUGUUCUUUUGCAAGAUCAUGUCGAAGCCCAACCUCCGGCAUCAGUAUGUUCAAGAUUUGAGAAGGGGGGCCCACCGGGAUCGUUUUCAGAACUUCCUGGCCUGCAAGUUUGGGCAGCACCAUUACUGGUCGAAGCGCGAGUUGGAGAAGCUCAACUGCUACGAGCACCUCUCCCCCGUUGUCACCAACAAAUACUGGCGCCGCCUACUCAGCAUCCGCGCGACGGUUUACUAUGAGCUCGUGCUUGAGUUCUACACCACCUUCAAGCACGCAGCCACGGCCGAUUGGAAGGACGAAGCUGCAGUCCAGUUCCGACUCGGCGAUGAACCACGCUCUAUGAGUUACGACGAGCUGGCGGACGCCCUGGGCCUCAACUUGGUAAAUGACAGGGACUUCAUCACAGAGGUCGCCGAGCCCAACAGGGUGGACUUCGGGAGGCUGUACUACAGCCUCGCUCGGCCACGACAGCUCCCCUUCAAGGCGGGGAAGACGAAGGCCACCACAUUGCAGCUCGAAAAUCGUCUCCUCCAUCACCUGCUGGCCAAGUCUUACACCCCAGCAUCAAACAGUGCCAGCGCCAUCACCAAGCAAUCCCUGUACUUCAUUCAGUCCAUGCGCCAGAGGGAUCAUCCCCUGCACUUAGGCUCGGUGGUGGCGAGGACCUUCGAGAAGAGUGCUUCUGAGCUGAAGAGACUCCACUGCACUCCUCUCAUCACCUGCCUGGCAGAGUAUUUCCAGAUAUCCCUGCAGGGGUGCAUGGAGCAAGGAGCGACCACUCCCUUUGGCCGGGCUACGCUCACCAAGAUGCUCCUGCUUCGAGAAGAUCGAGGAGUCAUGUGGAUCGAGGGGUUUCCUCAACCCCAGAUUCCAGAGGCGGUCCAGUAGGAGGCUCCCGAGGGUGCAGCUGAUGAGGAGGUCCAGCCCGAGGACGUGGAUGACACUGCUGCUGCCCACCCCACCACCUUCGAGUACGGGGGUGGCAUUUCCAGUUUCCCGGGUCAGGAUUAUGACUCGACUCUACUGUCACUCCAGGAAUUGGCCAAGUGAAACCACUUCCUAAAGCGUAGUAUAGCGGGUUUGGGUUUAAUUAUCAACCCGGGUCCUAGAUCUGAUGACUACUCAGUGAAUUCUUGUUAUCUAGCAAUGAAACUGGCAUGCAAGU